CAGCCAUGAUCGACCCGGAAUACGACGUGAUCAUCGCGGGCGGUGGAUUUUCUGGCGUGUACAAUCUGAUUCACUUAAGUAAGCUGGGGCUUCGCUGUAGGCUAAUCGACCCAGGUUCUGCUUUGGGUGGAACGUGGUACUGGAACACAUACCCGGGGGCACGCGUGGACUCAGAUGUUCCGCUCUACGAGUUCCCAUUCGAUGACCUUGCAAAAGGAUGGACAUGGUCCGAGCGAUUUCCUAACUCAGACGAGUUGCGAGCAUACUUCGCUUACGUUGCUGAGAAGUACGAUCUCCUCAAGCAUACGUGGAUGGAGUGCCGCGUAAAGGCCGCCCAAUGGAACGACGAUGAACAUAUCUGGAAGAUCACGGCGAAUGGGGCAGGAGGCUUCCAUCAAUCAACGGCUCGGUUUUUUAUAAUGGCGGUGGGGUCGACGACCGAGCCAUAUAUUCCAAAAAUCGACGGACUUGCAUCGUUCCAAGGUCGUUGGUGCCACUCGGGACGAUGGCCCGAGGGAGGUAUCAACGUCAAGAACAAACGAGUUGGCGUGAUUGGAACGGGAGCGAGUGGUGUACAGAUCAUACAGGAGAUCGGAUCGCAGGUCAAACACUUGACAGUCUUCCAACGCACCCCAAACUUGGCUCUUCCCAUGGUCCAGUAUAAGAUGUCGCGCGAUGUGCAGGCUCAUUUCAAGCCUGUUUACGACAACAUCUUUGAGAAGCUGCCGACGACUUUCGGCGGUUUCAAUUUCGAUUUCGUUCCCAAGGUGACCAAGAGCGACCCUCCUGAGGCCCGUGAGGCAUUCUUCGAGAGACUUUGGCAGAUGGGCGGCUUCAACUUUUGGCUCGCCGGAUAUGCCGACCUCUUCUUCGACAAAGAGGCGAGCGAUGAAGCGUAUAAGUUCUGGCAAAAGAAAACGUCAGCGCGCAUCAAAGAUCCGAGGAAGCGAGAUAUACUAGCGCCGAAGGUCGCUCCUCAUCCGUUCGGCACCAAGCGACCUUGUCUCGAGCAGCGGUUCUACGAGGUCUUCAACCAAGACAACGUCGACUUGAUCAAUAUCAAGGAAGAUCCGAUCGUGGAGAUAACAGCCGACACUGUCCAAACGAGAAAUACAACGACGGAGCUCGACGUGCUCAUUGUGGCGACUGGGUGGGACAACAUUACGGGUCCUUGGAUGCGAAUGGACCUAAAGGGCGAAAAGGGAAAGUCGAUUCAGGAACACUGGAAUGAUGGCGUCAGCACGUACCUAGGCAUGGCCACCAGCAACUUCCCGAACAUGUUCUUCCUCUAUGGGCCACACGGCCCUACCGCGUUCUGCAAUGGACCGACGUGCAUCGAGAUCCAAGGACAGUGGAUCGUGAAGACUAUCAACCACCUCUAUCAAAAUAGUAUCACUAAAUUCGUCCCUAAGGCGGAGGCAACUCGUGACUUCACCGAACUCGUCGAUACGAUGUCCAGAAAAACGCUGCUUCACGAUGUCGAUAGCUGGUAUAUGGGCGCUAACGUUCCAGGUAAGCGGAAGCAGGCGUACAACUGGGCCGGAGGAGUUCCCGCGUAUAAGCAGGAGGUCGACCAAGAGGUAGAAAGGAAUUACCCGGGGUUUACCAAGGAUACGGUAGGAGGUGUGGGAUUGGCAAAACUGUAAUACUGUAUUUUAUUAGCUCGAAAGACAAA